AUGGCCGACAAGUGUCACAUGUUUCUGCUGGAACAGUUAACUCUCUGCUCAAUUUUUACCAGUACCAGUGGAGUAGAAGAGACCAAUGUGUUCUUCAGUUUUGGUGAAAAUGUCCGUCUGCCCUGUAAUAGUUCUGACUGCACAACAACUACAUGGAUCUAUAACAGACAUAAAGAGACAGUUGAACUGGUUACUGGAGGGAAACUGAACAACAUAGAGAGUUUGACACUGGGCUCUGACUGCUCUCUGAACAUCAUGAAAGCCGCUAAAAAAGAUUAUGGGCUUUACAUCUGCCUACAAUAUCUCUAUGGACAUCUACAAGAAACUGAACAUGUUUUUUUGCAUUUUCUUCAUGUUUCUCCAUCACUCUCUCAGACUGAGAUGAGAGCAGGUAGAUCUGUGACUCUCUGUCAGCUGUAUUAUUAUUAUGGAAUCUCUUGUGAUUAUUUGGUCAGUAUUGAAGGACAUCAGCUGAUGUGGGUGAAUCAGGCUGGAGCGAAUCUGAUGACAGACUCCAGAUAUCAGAUAUUAUUCUCCUUGCCUUGCCUUGCCUUAACUACAACACUCCUGAAUGAAGAUCACAACAGAGAGUGGAGAUGUCGGCUUACUCAAAGAAAUCAACCGAAGACGUCAGCCUCAUUCACUGUCAAGUAUUUAGGUAGGAAAUUGUUGUCUGGGUUUAGGUAA